GUUAAAAAGGAAAAGAGGAAAUACCGCUGUCGAAAAAGAAGUCCGGCGACGAUUGAAAGAGCGCGCAUAGUUCGACGAGAUAAGGCGAAUGCUCGUGAACGUCGACGAAUGAAUAAUUUGAAUGAAGCCUUGGAACAUUUAAGGACAAUCCUACCAGUUGUACCAGACGAGCCUAAGCUAACAAAGAUUGAAACGCUUCGAGUUGCACAAGGGUAA